AUGGAACAGAGGAUAUGUGAGGUAGAAGGGACGUACAACAUACCUCGGGUUGAUUUCUCUGCUUUCUCAAAGGUUAGUGUGCCGGAGAAAUUCAAGAUGCCCGACUUCAAAAAGUACGAUGGCACCUCCAACCCGGUGCAGCAUGUCCAGAUGUACCAAGCCGGAAUGAAUAAGUAUGUGGCUAAUGGCCCUCUGAUGGUUCGGACUUUCCAGGCUAGUCUGAAAGACGCGGUUAUGAAAUGGUAUACAUAUUAUAAAAUUUGUAGCACGAAGGAUUGGGAAAAGGCAGCCAACGAAUUUAUCGGGCAUUUCAGUUUUAACUUGGACGUUGCCACCACCAAAGAAGAUCCGGAGCAAGCAGAAAUGAAAAAGGGUGAGACGAUCAAGCGGUAUGCCACCGGAUGGAGGAACGUUGCAUCUCAGCUGAAGCUAGUUCCGCUUGAGCGGGAGCUCAUGAGAUUGUUUGUCUCCACCCUCUCCCAAGCAAUGCAGUCAUGUAUCCUUGGCACCACCGCAAUAUCAUUCAGUCACCUCAUUGCAAUGGUUGAGGAAGUGGAAAGCGGCCCGAAAAAGGGUACGUAA